CAUUCCUUUGAAGUUUGAAGAGGUCUCUUCAAGUUGAUCUUUCUUUAACGUAUUCUUCCUCCUAUAAAGUCCAAUCAAUAACCUCACAAAACUCAACUGAUUCAAUUUCGAUACUCUCCUUCUCAUUGUCACGAGAUUCUUGCAUAUUCCGCAAGUUGGUAAGGAUCAUAGCUUAAGCCCCACUAAGCUGCAUUUCGAUUGCCAACACCGUUGCUGUAUCAAAGCUGCGGCAUCCACAAACUCAACAGCUUUUAAAUUUCUGUGUCUGGAAUUCAUUCUACAGAUCUUCCCUUUUACUCAUCAAUCCUUUCUUGUUACACUUAAUACCUUAUAAAUCUACCACAACAUAUCAAAGAUGGCGGACCAACAAGAUAAUGACCUCUUGCCAGAGACAACUGAUGGUUUCAAGGUGGGGGAGAAGAAGACUCUGGAUGAGUAUUCCAAGAUGGGUAUGUUCUAAACCCCUUUCAUCCUGUCUUCUUUUGUUGCUUUUCAGCUCCUCCUAUUAUCCCUCUUCGGCUGUUUACUCAGCAGUACUUUGGAAUAUCCUUGGCUCAACUCGAGUCAAGAGUCGAGGUCACCCCUCCAGCUGAUACCCCGCACUCGAGGCGGUCUGGGGCAGACAGUAUAGAAUGAUGACAAGAGAUCAUAAUUUGGAUACAUUUCUGUGAUAUCUAGAGUCCAUUUUAUCGAAACAACUGAACUAUGUACAAUAGUUUGUAUAGAAUUGGUUGUAAAUAACUUUUGGUUGUCACACCAACUAUAGGGGUUAAGAAACAAGGGUACUUUUUGACACCCAUGGGCUUCUUGGUUCCGUCAAAGGUUGGCAAGGAGCUUUCUAUCUGAUUGCGAAAAGCAGAAGAUCUGAAAGUGUGAAGUUAGUACACACGGAAAUGCUGUACUGCUAUAUAUCUCCUGUUCUCUAUAACCCCUGUCUUCUACGUUGGCAUACAAGCAAGACCCAAUGUACCCUGAUUAGAUCAUCACAUGAAACGUACUGUCACUUCGAAUAUAGAAUAUUUACUGACAAUCUCUCUUGAACGCAGAUGCCGAAGAUGAAUCUCUUCAGCGCUACAAGGAAUCCCUCGGGCUCGGUGGUGGAGGAAAGGACCUCAGUGACCCAAAUGAUCCUCGUGACUGCAUCAUCCUCACUCUUGAGAUGAACUCCGAAGGUCGUCCUCCAGUCAAGCUCGAGCUUUCUACACCUGAUGCUCUUAAUACCUUGAAGGAUCAUCCUUUCAAGAUCAAGGAGGGUUCUAAAUUCAACCUUACUGCCACUUUCAAAGUGCAACACAAUGUGUUGAGUGGUCUUCAAUAUGUUCAAGUAAUUAAGCGCAAGGGCAUCAGGAUCGAUAAAUUGCAAGAGAUGAUUGUAAGAGCCUCUCCACAUCCCGGUGUCUACUCAAUACCUCAUAUGCUAACCAGCCAACAGGGAAGUUAUGCACCCAACACUGACAAGAAUCCUGUCCACACCAAGCGAUGUAAGUCCUUUUGACACCUACCUAAAAAUCCCAUUAGUAACCAAACUCUCAGUCGCCGACGAGGAUGCCCCAACCGGAAUGAUGGCCCGCGGCCACUACACCGCUAUUUCUACCUUCAUUGAUGACGACAAGAAAAAGCAUCUUGAAUUCGAGUGGUCUUUUGACAUCACUAAGGACUGGUAGAUCCUGCAGCUACUCCACCUCCGGUCUUCUACCUUUCGCCUCUCAUACUGUAAUCGCCUCAUUUGACACAGAUCCAUUUUUCACAUCACAUAGCAACUCAUACGACAACUUUGCGACAUACCUUUACGCGCGUGCGAUUUGGACGGCUACAUACCUUAUGCACGACUUUGCUUUCAUGUUAUGGCCGGAAGAAUAGUCGAUCAUUUUCUUCCUUCCCUACUUGUUUUUUACCCCUGCAAAUCGACAUUUUGGACGGAAAAAAAGUUAUGGACGAAUGGUCAAAUGAAUCACGAACUGAAGAUGUCUGGGCAUAUCAUGCAACUAACUGAUUUUGGAUGGUAUGUACGGAUGAGAUACGGAUUUGACAAAGUAUUAUUUGUGGUCGUUUAAAGGCAUCCUUUUCCUGCAGGCGCGCGCAUACAUGACUUUUAGAUUCAAACAAGACUCAUUCACUUUUUCUCAAGUAUAGAAUUUUCGCAUCUCAUUGCUCUUAUCUGAUUUAUUU